AGCAGUGUGUGACCGUGUGUGUUUCUCUGCAGGAGGAUGUUUCCUCCCUUCAAAGUGCGCAUCAGCGGCCUGGAUAAAAAAGCCAAGUACAUCCUGCUCAUGGACAUCGUGGCAGCGGACGACUGCCGGUACAAGUUCCACAACUCGCGCUGGAUGGUGGCCGGGAAGGCCGACCCGGAGAUGCCCAAACGGAUGUACAUCCACCCGGACAGCCCCGCCACGGGCGAGCAGUGGAUGGCCAAGCCCGUGGCCUUCCACAAGCUCAAGCUCACCAACAACAUCUCGGACAAGCACGGAUUUGUAGGUGAAGGAGCAGUGGAUCAGGCUGCAGGCUCACCUUUCAGUUCUACCAGCAGGGCCUGGGACAGGAUCGGACUGCAGGAUCCUCUGAGCGGGAUGACAGAACAGCAGACGUGUCAGGAGGAUGUCAGGAGGGCCCACAGAGUAGCUGCCAUACAGGAGGAGAGAGACUAUCAUUCUGAUGUUGAGAAUGGGACGGAGGAGCAGCAGAGUUAUGGCAGGAUGGUUGGAGAGUCUGUGCAGGCUGCUGAUCAGGACCAGCAGGAGCCUUCAGGCAGGAGGAAGCCCGAGCUACUCAGGUCAAAGACUUUUGACAACUCCUCGCUGACUCAGGUCCAAAUAGAUUCAGACUCUAAGAUAGAGAGAAAGAAGUCUCACUACAGCCAGGUGAGCUUCCAUGAACGUCCAUGA